CGCCGCCGCUGCUAUGAAGCCGUGCGAGGAGGAGGAGGAGGAAGGGAGGGCGGUGGCGGGCGGCGGCGGCGGCGGUGACCCCUGGCAGGAGUGCGCGGAGGUGGCGGUGCAGCUGGCGCUCCGCGCCGGGCAGAUUAUUAGGAAAGCUCUAACAGAGGAAAAACUAGUGUCAACAAAGACAUCUGCAGCAGAUCUUGUGACAGAAACUGAUCAUUUUGUAGAAAAUUUAAUUAUUUCUGUUCUGAAAGAGAAGUUUCCCUCCCACAGGUUUAUUGCAGAAGAAUCCACUGCUGCUGGUUCAAAAUGUGUUCUCACUGACAGUCCAACCUGGAUUAUUGACCCUGUUGAUGGAACGUGCAACUUUGUGCACAGAUUUCCAACAGUGGCAGUGAGCAUUGGAUUUGCUGUUAACAAAGAGCUUGAAUUUGGUGUAAUUUACCACUGCACUGAAGAACGAUUAUACACUGGUAGAAGAGGUCAAGGGGCAUUUUGUAAUGACAAAAGGCUUCAGGUAUCAAAAGAGACAGAUAUCUCGAAGGCCUUAAUUUUAACAGAAAUUGGUCCAAAACGUGACCCUGCAACUUUGAAAUUGUUCCUUGGUAACAUUGAGAGAUUGCUCAAGGCCCAAGCACACGGGGUCCGCGUCAUCGGGAGCUCAACCCUGGCCCUGUGCCACUUGGCGUCCGGCGCUGCAGAUGCCUAUUACCAGUUUGGGUUACACUGCUGGGACUUGGCAGCAGCGACUGUCAUUAUUAGAGAGGCGGGUGGCACCGUGAUAGACACUUCAGGGGGACCUCUGGAUCUUAUGUCCUGCCGAGUGGUUGCUGCGGGCACCAGAGAGAUGGCUAUGUUCAUAGCUCAGGAAAUACAAACUAUCAACUACAGACGAGACGACGAAAAUUAAAUGCUUACAAUACGGAGUCUGCCCUCCUGAACUAUGUAACUUUUGCAAGAUAGGUGGCUUAAAGGGUGUGUGAUUUCAGCAGGAUGCUUUCUGUGGAGAUUCUCGGUGUCAAAUAUUUUUUAUAAAUUUAUUACCAAUGUGGGACAGCAUAAGGAGAUUUUCAAACCUCUAAGAGUUAUGUUUCCUUUUUAAUAUGUAUCUCUUUCAGCAGUAUCUUUUUUAUAAGAUAGCAUAUUUUACUUGUAGUCAAUUAGUCUCAAAAUUAAGUUGUAAUUUCAUAUCUGUGGAGCUGAUAUUUAGUCUUUUGUAAUAUGCAGCUAAAAAUGGAACUUUAUUUUUACAGAUGCAGAUCUCAGGUAAAUGAGCUUUAGGACCGUAGUAAGGACAAGUAGUUAAGAUGUGUGCCUAUAAUACCCUUGUUCUAUGAUACUUAAGAAUGCAAUAAAAAUGACAUUAUUGUUUCCUAGCUAUAUAUCCGUAUAUAUGUAUGUCUCUGUGUGUGUGUGUGUGUAUAUAUACAAAUAUACAUGUAUAUGCAUGUAUACACACACAUACCCAUGUGUGUAUAUAUAUAUGGUUAUCCUGGAUGUUUACAGCAAUUUAGAGAAUGCAUAGAAGAAAGCUAAUAUUGGAAGUUGUUUUCAGGUAAAGAGUGUAGAUUAACUAGGUGAUUUCAGAGGGGGCUAUCCAAAUGUCAAAUAACAGAGCUGAUCAUGGAAAAUAUUUAAUGAUUUUACAAACUAUCCAGCUAGUUCUUGUGUCCCUUCAUUCCUCUGCAUAGGGAUAAAUCAUACUGUCCUACAGGCCUCUGUAAGAUAUUCAAACCUGCAAACAACUUACUACCAUAGAGUAAUUAUAGUUAAAACCAGGAAUAUUGAACUCCACUGAGUUAUUCACAGUAUUAACUAUGACACGUGGUAGGAGGCCAGUGGAAUAGAGCACAGUGUCAGGGAGCUGUUGAUUCUAGAAAAAAUUUGAGCAGAACAGCAGGAUUGGGCCCCUUAAAGGCAAGUUAUUAAAAAUAUGCACAUAAGAUAUGCUUGCAAAAAGCUGUAAAUCACAUGUCCUUCUCACACAAAGUUGUAAUUGCACUUUUUUAUCAGAGAAACCUGUAAAAUCAGGUACACACAUUUCCUAAAUACACAGUUGUUCUCUAUCCUUGUAUCUAGCAUUGUUUUUAAUUCCACCAAUGUGAUAAUUUCUGUGUAGAUUAUUUUUUAAAUCAUGAGCACAGAGAAAAUACAAGUGUAUCCAGGAGAGUAGUUGAGAUGAAAUCACUUCUAUUUUUGUCUUUAAAAAUUGAGUGAAAAGGUGUCUCUUUUUUGCAAGAGUACAAAAGAGUGCGAAGAGGAAUGAACCAAAAAAGUAAGUUUGUUAAAAAUUUUUAACUUUCUUUAUACACUGCAUGUGUAGACUUCGUAAACGUGUUCAGAUAUCUGUUUAGAGCAUACAGACUAAACAAUAUUUUUCAAGAAUAACCUUACAUGUGUUUCUUGCAAUGAAAAAUGGUUUUCACUGAAUGUAACAUCAAAUUCUGUGUGAUUUCUUGAUGCUUUUUUUCCCUGAGAAAUACAAAGUGUUGACUGUAUGAAGAAUGUCUAAAUCCAACUAAGCAUUUAAGAACUGAUGGCUCUUACCAGAAAACCAACACUGUCCAUCACAAGUGAUCAGCAUUUUGUCACUGCUCCUUUUACCCCACCAUCUCUUUGUAAUCCCCUGAGCAGAAACGGAGAUUGUAAGCUCUCUGGGGCAGGGACUGUAGUACUUUGGCUCUGGGUUUGCACAGUGCUAAUAGGAUGCGAUUCUGGUCCACAACUAGGCACUGAGGUGCUAUAAUAAUACAAAUAAUAAAUACUAAUAGGCUCA